AUGAGCAGUCUACGUGGAGCCAGCAGUAUACGUGGAGCCAACAGACUAAGUGGAUCCAGCCGUCUACUUGGAGCAAGCAGUCUACCAGACUACGUGGAUCCUGCAGACUAUAUGGAGCCAGCAGUCUACGUGGAUCCAGCAGACAACGUGGAUCCAGCAGUUUACAAAGAUCCAGCAGACUACGUGGAUCCAACAGACUACGUGGAGCCAGCAGUCUACGUGGAGCCGGCAGUCUAUAUGAGAACAGCACUCUACGUGGAUCAAACAGUCUACGUGGAGCCAGAAGACUACGUGGAUCCAGCAGACUACGUGGAGGCAGAAGUCAACGUGGAGUCAGCAGUAUACGUGGAUCCAGCAGUCUUAGUGGAUCCAGCAGUCUACGUGUAUCCAGCAGACUACGUGGAUCCAGCAGUAUACUUGGAGCCAGCAGACAACGUGGAGCCAGCAGUCUACGUGGAGCCAGCAGUCUAA